AUGCCGGUGCGUCAAUACAAUGGAGCGAACGACGAUGGCCCUAGCAGCUCAUCCAGCUCGAAUCGAGGAUCGCAACAGGGCGUCAAGCCUCGAGUCAAGCCGGAACCCUUCAACGACAAUGUGAUCGACCUCUGCGACUCAGAUGACGAUCAAACACCUCGAAAGCCCUCGCCUCCGGCGUCAGCAUCCCGACUAAAGCGGCCCGCAGCCCGUGGCGGCAAGCUCAAACACAAUGACGAUGGCUCCUCAUCUCCAGACUCCAGCACUGAUUCCGAGGACGACUUUCGAGGCAGCGGCGCGAGGCGCAGAAUCACAAAGUCUGCAUCAUCAUCCUCAACCACCGCCAAGCUUUACGCACUCGCGCGCAUCGUCACACUCGCAACCGAUGGCGUGGCCUCCACCUCCGAGUCCACGGUCAAACUCGCCUCCGUCAGCUCGGGCAUCCUCUCUCGCAUCCAAAAGUCACUCGCGCUCGCCAAACACCCGGGCACAGGCGAAGCAGAAGCCCAACAAGCCCUGCGACUCGCCACCCGUCUCAUGUCCUCCCAGAACCUCACCCAAGCCGACCUCCUCGCCUCGUCCGAUUCCUCGGAAAACCAAACCCACGCCGGCAUGUCGAUCGUCGAAAUCGUCAGCCAGACGGGUGCCGCCCCGCGCAACGAGAGCUGGGUCAACCAGGUCGCGUGCGCCAUCAACCUUUUCUUCGACGUCAAGGCGUACUCGACCUCGUAUGCGAAUCGGACUAAGCUGAGCUGGACAUUCUACGGGUUGGCGGUCAACACGGUUGCUGCAGCGCACGCGUUCGAGAUGGUACACAAUCAGGUGCUAACGUGGGCGACGGAGAAGGCUGCUACGAAACAGGUGACGGGUAAGACGGGCAAGAAUAGUUAUUGUCAGGGCGUGGCCGCGGGGUUGAUUGCGUUGGCCAAGGGCGAGAAGAAGGAGGAGAUGAGGUUGGCGAUCGAGAGUGAGAAGAAGCGGUUGAAGGAUGCUGAGGUUGAGGAGAAGGCGCAGAUCAAGAAGGAGAAGCAGCGGCUGAAUGAUCCGCCAGUCAAGCUUGAGGAAGAGCGAGUCAAGCCUGAUCCAAGGGACGAUGGUGGGAGGAACGUCAAACUGGAAGACGUCGCAGACGAGGCCGACAUCAAGCCCUUUCCCAACGGCGUCAAGCGAUCAGCCUCGGCAGACUUCGACGGCUACAGCCGAUGGACCGACCACGACGGCUCCUCCGACACUGAAGACUUUCACGACCCCUUCCCCCCUUUUGCUGGAGACGACAUCAAGCCGCACUUUGACGAGACGCUCGAGCGCGACAUUAUUGAUCUCACCGACGACCUCGAUUCCUCUCCUGAAGACGUCAAGCCGGACGUCAAACCCAAACCCGAGCCUGAGGACAUCAAAUCCAAACCCGAACCCGAACCUGAGGAAGGCGCGGGCUGGCACUCGUCCAACCAACUCAUCCGGUUCCGCCAGGACGCAGAGCGCAUCGCAGACGACUACCUCGCCUCGCAGCACGCCGAUCUCAAGUUCAAGAAGCGUGCCAAGUCGACGUUCAAAAAGGACUCGGGUGCGUUCGAGCAGGGACGUGCGGAUGCGAGGAAGAUCGAUGUCAAGCGGAAGAGGAUUCAGGCCUAG